ACAACUCCCAUGCGCGCGCUCUCUCUCUCUCUCUCUCUCUCUCUCUCUCUGUUCUUCCUCAGCGGUUUAACGCGGUUCUUCUCCAGCAUGCGCUCUAAUCUCCUCUCACCCGCUUCCGCUGCUGGCUGACCGUGAAGGAAGUGACUUACAGCACCGGGACAUUUCGCUUCUUUCCGUCUUCUUCCUGCUCCCCGGUGUCAUCAUGCCCGUGCGGCGGGGACACGUCGCUCUCCAGAACACCUAUCUGGACACCAUCAUCCGCAAAUUCGACGGCCAAAACCGCAAGUUCCUGAUUGCCAACGCCCAGAUGAAGAACUGUGGCAUCAUCUACUGCAACGAGGGCUUCUGCCAGAUGUUCAGCUUCUCGCGGGCCGAGAUCAUGCAGCAGCCGUGCACGUGUCAUUUCCUGGCAGGACCAGGCACCAUGAAGAGCGCGCUGGCUCAGCUGGCCCAGGCCCUGCUCGGCUCCGAGGAGCGUAAGGUGGAGAUCCUCUACUACUCCAAAGAAGGAACAUGUCGGCCAUGUUUGAUCGACGUAAUUCCAGUGAAGAAUGAGGAAGGCGUGGUCAUCAUGUUCAUCCUGAACUUUGAGGAACUUCUGGAGCCUGCGUUAAAAAUGGGCUUCAGGCAGCGAGUCUCACAGGGCUGGAUACGCUCAGCUCAGAAACGUAAACUGAGGCUGAGAAUGCCGUCUUUACGGGUCACACGGCAACCUGCUUACCCUAAAGACCAGUUUGAAGGAGUCGUUGUGGACUAUCUACAGCCGCCUGGUAAGGAUGUGGCUCUGAAGAGUUUCCCUGUGCCAUGUAAAGAGAGCUCCCUGCAGUGUGAGACGCAGGCUCUGAUCCAUCAGGAGCAUUCGUUCACCUCCAGUCUGGAGCCCGGCAGCCCUCAGGCCUCCCACACACACUCCCGAGAGAGUGUACACAGCCUGCGGCGCGCCUCCUCGCUGCAUGACAUCGACGCCAUCAGGGACCAGUGCAGCGAUGCCUUGAAGCCCAAUAAUGUGAACUCCACGUCGGAUUCAGAUCUGAUGCGGCAUCGCACCAUUGGUCGGAUCCCCCAGGUCACGCUGUCAUUCGGGGCAGAGCGGGUCAGACCUCCCUCACCCACCGAGAUCGAAAUCAUUGCCCCCAGUAAGAUUAAAGACCGCACGCAGAACGUCUCCGAGAAGGUCACGCAAGUCACCCAGGUGCUGUCUCUAGGAGCCGACGUGCUGCCUGAGUACAAGCUCCAGGCGCCGCGCAUCCAUAAGUGGACGAUCUUGCACUACAGCCCGUUCAAGGCUGUAUGGGACUGGCUGAUCCUGCUGCUCGUGCUCUACACAGCCGUGUUCACGCCGUACAGCGCCGCUUUCCUGCUCAGCGAGCAACAGGACGAAAGCCGAGUCGACUGCGGGUACACCUGCAACCCGCUCAACAUGGUGGACCUGGUGGUGGACGUCAUGUUCAUCAUUGACAUCAUUAUCAACUUCAGGACGACUUACGUGAACCGCAACGACGAGGUGGUGAGCCAUCCGGGUCGCAUCGCUCAGCACUACUUCAAGGGCUGGUUCCUGAUCGACAUUGUCGCGGCUAUCCCCUUCGACCUGCUCAUCUUCAGAUCGGGCCCUGACGAGCCCCAAACCACCACUCUGAUUGGCCUGCUGAAGACAGCACGACUGCUGCGUUUGGUGCGCGUGGCGCGUAAGCUGGACCGCUACUCGGAAUACGGCGCAGCCGUCCUCUUCCUGCUCAUGUGCACCUUCGCACUCAUUGCCCACUGGCUGGCCUGCAUCUGGUAUGCCAUCGGCAACGUGGAGCGCACGGGCUCCUCUCUUGGAAGUACGUUGAGGAUCGGCUGGCUGGACAACCUUGCCGACCAGAUCGGCAAACGCUAUAACGUCAGCGACCCUUUAUCCGGACCCAGCAUCAAGGACAAAUACGUCACGGCUCUGUAUUUCACCUUCAGCAGCCUGACGAGCGUCGGCUUCGGCAACGUCUCGCCAAACACCAACCCUGAGAAGAUCUUCUCCAUCUGCGUCAUGCUCAUCGGCUCUCUGAUGUAUGCCAGUAUUUUCGGCAACGUGUCAGCUAUAAUCCAGCGUCUGUACUCGGGCACAGCGCGCUACCACACACAGAUGCUGAGGGUCAAGGAGUUCAUCCGCUUCCACCAGAUUCCUGGAGGCCUGAGGCAGAGGCUGGAGGAGUAUUUCCAACACGCCUGGUCCUACACCAACGGCAUUGACAUGAAUGCGGUGCUGAAAGGUUUCCCUGAGUGUCUCCAGGCCGAUAUCUGUCUACAUCUGAACCGCACUCUGCUGCAGAACUGUAUGGCGUUCCACGGGGCGAGUAAGGGCUGUUUACGAGCUCUGGCCAUGCGUUUUAAAACCACACACGCUCCCCCGGGAGACACGCUGGUGCACAGUGGAGACGUGCUCACCGCUCUCUACUUCAUCUCCCGCGGCUCCAUCGAGAUCCUUCGAGACGAUGUUGUCGUGGCCAUCUUGGGGAAGAACGACAUCUUCGGCGAGCCCAUCAGCCUCUACGGGAGGCCUGGGAAAUCGAGCGCUGAUGUCAGGGCUCUGACCUACUGUGACCUGCACAAGAUCCUGAGGGAUGAUCUGCUUGAGGUGCUCGACAUGUACCCCGAUUUUUCUGACAGCUUCUGGACCAACUUGGAGAUCACCUUCAACCUCCGAGAUGCAGACAGAAUCACACAGCUCAACCCCAGCGAGGAGUCAGAGUGCAGCUACAGACAAGCACAGCACAGGAGAAAGCCCCUCCGUCGCAAGAGACCGGAUGGCACGGAGAGAGAAGACUCUUAUCCAGACCAGUCAUGCAGCUCUAUGGGGAACCACAGGAGGGUGCUGUUGCACUCAAACUGGGACGAGCUGGGCAGCAGCGUGAGCGCUGCCUCUUUGUCCAGUGAGGAUGAGCUCAAACACUCAGGGCCUGGACGGGGAGACGUGUACUCUCCAGAAGUGAGGGAAUACGUCCCCACUGUGGUCAACCUCGUGCCCCCCAGCACCAGAGAACGGGGAGCUCAUCCCUAUUCAGGUUCUCUGAAUGUCUCGGGGCUGUACGGCUGCUGGUCCGAGCGCAGACCGAGUCAGUAUCAAGAGAGCCAGAGACGAUUGUCGACCUCAGCACGCACCUGCUGUCAUCACCACCAGCACGGUGCGAAUGCCGAGGAGAGACCGAGCAAUCUUCAGUCCCGCCUCGAACUGCUGCAGUCCCAGCUGAACCGACUGGAGACCCGGAUGACGGCUGACAUUAACGUGAUCCUGCAGCUGCUCCAGCAACAGCUGGCUCAAGUGCCACCUGCUUACAGCUCCGUGUCUCCAGCCUCAGCGGCCCAUCUCACCACUCCUCCAUCCAACCUGUACGGGGCUCCGAUUUUCCGCCCUACAACACCUUCCACUCCUACUGUACACACCACAGAGCCAACACACACCUCCACCAACAGCAGUCCUGAGUCGGACAACCCUGACCCGGAGUCUCGUGCAUCCCUGUCCAGUGGUGUCCACCUCACCGCAGCCACAGAAGACACCACAUCGAUGUCCCCAGACACCGAGACUGAACCGUCUAUCCCUGUGAAUCUGAGCAUCCCUGAAAACCUUCAUCCUCACUUCAGCCUGCGUUUCCCCUCUCUCCCUGAGCACCUGGAGAGCCCGAGCAGCCUGGAGGACACGUCACGGAUCCAAAGGCACCUGUCUGACCCUGGGCUCCCAGGCAGCUAAAGUCCUGAGCAGGCUGCACUCUUUUUUUUUUUUUCUCUCUCAUGUCCCAGGUGGGCCACAUGUGUCCAAACAACAUUAGCUCUACUGCAGGAUAGACCAGACAGGACAGAGCUGCAGUCUUCCUCUUCCUCCUCCUCCUUUUCUUUACCUCUCGGAUCAUCUGGAGUCUUCGAGCUUCAAACAAACUGUAAACCGCUCAUCAUGGACACAGGUUCAUCCACAUCAAGUGGAGACGAUCCCGGACGAGUCCCAAACAAGUACACUCGCUCGAAUAUAAAGCACACGUGUGUGUGUAUGUGUGUGUGUAUACUGUAUACCAUAUGUAGAACAAAGCACAAGUCAAACACUGCACAUGUUUGGGUCUGCAGUGCGAAGGAAGUGGUAGUGUUAUUUAUUCAGGUCGCACCAAUGAGGUUUGGGGUCACGGAACAAUAGGACAUAAGACAGUAUCGAUAUUUAGGAAACUUUCCUUCUCACAAGGAUGACUAAUACUUGAUGGAGAACGAUUUUACGACUGCGCUAAAUCUCUUGGACUCGAAUGGCUAAAAAGAGACCGAGUGUCCCAAAACAUGUUUUUUAAAAACAGUAAUUAUUAAUAAAGCACUAAUUAAUUGAAUGUCACCAGCCAAAACAUUGUGAAACAUUCUCUGUGAAAUAUUUAAGGAAAUCUCCACCCUGAAGCACAUUAAAUAUGUUGAGAUUGAAA